AUGGGUUGUACGUUUCAUAAAUCAUCAAAAAUCUUACUUAAGAAAGCAGAUUUAAUCGAAUUACAAAAAUAUCCUGAAGAAUUACAUGAAAAACAUAUUAAAAUUCUUCAAUGGAUGGAAAAUGAUUUAAAAUUAAAUAAUUAUAAUAAAAUAAAUUGGAAAAAAAUCAAAGAAAAUGAACAAUUAUCAUAUUGGCAAGAAGCAUGGCAAAGAGAACAAGAAUUAGUUAAACAUCCUUCAAUGAUUGAUUCAUGUGAAUCAAAAAUGCCUUGUAUUACAUUAAUUGAUGAAAAUUUACGAAUUUUAUGUGAUGAAAAAGUAGACACAUUUUGGAACGAUUUUGACAAAACAGAUGUAUCAAACUGA